CAUACCGCUGGAGCAAUAAUAAGCAUGUCCAAUCGCCUGGGCCGCUGCCUCAAAUCUCUGGAAACCACUGGCUUCCUGCGCUGCUCAAAUGAUGCAACCACUCCCCAUAUAGAGCUGUUGACCCAUGGUUCUGCUUAUGCCCAGCAGCUGCUGCAACAUUGGCUCAACAUGCGCCACUUGGCUGUCAAUUUGGGCAGCGUUUCCUCUAACGAAUCACUUAGCCAGUCGCGUUUCGCCUUUGUGCAUGGCCAACAAUUUCGCCAGCAGCUGCAACAGUUGCGCCAGACACAUUCCAGCAAAGCCAAAUGCCCCACGCUGCUGAAGCAACAACUUAGGUGCACAUCCUACAACCCGCCAGGCCAAAAUAUCUUCCAACACGCGCAGCCUGUCACACAGUUGAUCACAGAUUUCUAUGUGGAGCCGCAUCGUGGACUGGAGCACUUUUACAAUGUGCAGCGGGAGAGUAAAAUCUGGUGGAUGCGAUACUCCUCCAAUCCCAGUCGCUAUGCCAUUGUGCCGCAAACCGAAUUGGAACAAGGUGCAGGCUGCCAGGCGAUAGACAUACGCGCUGCCUUCGGGGAUGCGGGCGCAGUGACUGUAGAGCAGCUGAGUCUAGUGCCCUUGCCGGAGCAUCAGGAUUUCCAGUUGCCCGAUGCGCGCACUGGCCAACUCCAAUUACCUGCAGUCAUACGCUCUGUGAUCGAACUGGAGACAGCUAGCUGUGCCCUACUGCUGGACGGCUGUGAUCACGGACGAGAGACUCGAUCGCUGCUCCUUAAUCGCCUGCUGGCGCCUUAUCAAUGCGCGAUUACAGCCAUACAAAAGACUGAGCACAGCUCACAGGAUCUGCGCGACUUGUGUGCCCAUCUGGCGGAUGUGUUACAGCGUGUAAGUUUGCGCUUGCAGGGAACUGGCUAUGUGCUGGCCGGGAAUAGGCAACAGCUGACACAGCAGCUAGAGCUAUACGACUGCCUGGGCGUACCCUAUGCUCUGCUCCUGGAUGAGCAGCAAGCGCUGAGCAAUGGACUGCUGCAGUUGCGCAGCCGCGACACGCAGCUGGCGGAGACCGUGCACAUAAGCGAUUUACCCGACUAUUUGUUAAAUAUUUUUAGAAACUAUUAAAUGCCUAAUAUA